AACCACAGGACCCUUGUACACCCACAGCGCAGAAACAAAAUCGUUUAGUGCUCCGACAUAGAUCAGUGGGAGUGCUUUUACCGCUUGUUGCAGAAAUUCACGGUUCAAAUUCUGCAAGCCGCCCUGGUUACUACUUCAGUAUUAACCAUAUGAUGCUUUGCGCUGUUUGAUUUAAAAUGGGACAUUACAGACCUUGUGAAGUAAUAAAAUGACCGUGCUGGCGUUAUGCCCGCUACUGUGAAAUGACUGCAGUUGGUGUCUGUGAAUCACAGCAGGCACCUUCCUUUGUGAUAGCUUUACAUUCUAAGAAUGAUAGCGCAAAUACCAAGUGCAAUCAAUCAUUAUUAACUAUGAUAAAUCCUAAAGGUAAACAAAGAAGAGCUAUUUUAACUGUGAUUUAAUCUCUUUCAAGCAAAACAUUAUUUUUUACCAGGUAAAGCCCACUGAACUAUUGCCUCUUCUUCAGAGGCGACCAGGCAAAGGGGAGAAGAUAUGUUCCCGCAAUGUACAGCAGCCAGGGUGGGGAUCCACGUGACGACCUUCUACAUUGCAGGCACCGACAUGCUGAUGAUGGGGGUGAACGGACCCCGCACGCCAUGAAGCACACCGGCAACGUCAUCUACAACGUCACCUACACGGUGCCGGAGAUGGGCAACUCCAUCCUCAUAGUCAAGUGGGGCGAUGAUUGCAUCCCCGGCAGCCUCUUCUGCAUCACCAUGUCGGGCAGCUACGGCUAGGGUUCACCACGACAACAAUGAUACGGGGAUAAUGAUAGUGCGACUACGGUACGGCAAUGAUGGUACCGUAACAAAGAUACGGCAAUGAUGAAACCAUGGCAAUGAUACGGUGAUGGUGAUAGCAUGACGACAAUACGGCGAUGAGAAUACUGUGAUGACGAUUCGGCAAUGAUAAUACCGGGACUACAAAUUUGACGAUGAUGAUACCGUGACUAUACGGCGAUGAUGAUACCGUGAUAAUGAUACGGCGAAAAAGAUACGGCGAUGAUGAUACCGUGACGAUACAGCAAUGAUGAUACUGUGAUGACGAUAUGCAUAUGAUCGUAGCACAAUGAUGAUACAGCGAUGAUGAUACCGUGACGGCGAUAUGGCAAUGAUGAUUCCCGGACGAUGAUACAGCGAUGAUGAUGAUGAUGAUAUUGUGAUGAUGAUACGGCGAUAGAGAUACCGUGACGAAAAUAUGGCGAUGCUUAUACCGUGAUGACGAUUCGGCAAUGGUGAUACAAGGACUACAAUUUGGCAAUGAUAAUACCAUGACUAUGCUGCGAUGAUACUGUGACGACAAUAUGGCGAUGAUGAUUAUAAGGUAAUAACGUUGAUGAUACCGUGACGACGAUAUGGCAAUAAUGAUACUGUGAAAACAAUACAGAGCUGAUCAUAGCGCCAUGACAAAAUGGUGAUGAUGAUACCGUGACGACGAUCCAGCUAUGAUGUACCGUGAUGACGAGAUGGCGAUGACACCGGGACAAUGAUAUGGCAAUGAUACCAUGACGAUAGAAUGGUAAUGAUGAUGAAUCCGUGACGACGAUACAGUGAUGAUGAAAGCCGUGACAACAAUACAGCAAUGAUGAUAUCGUGAUGAC